AUGAUCUGGAGGUAUCGACACACGGCGCUCGCCGUCUUCCUCGUCCUCAACCUGUCCAUUCCACGGCUCGCAGCGGUUAGUCCUUUUGUUUAUUUUUAAAACUGUCAACUGUUUGCGCAAGGUAUUGGUUCUUGCAGCGAACAGGGUCGAAUUUCCGAAAAUGAGGAAGAUCGGUAAAAAUAAAUCGCCUCAGGUUUUUGAUUUGUAGUGUUUUAAGGGGAUUAGGCUCGGAAAAUGUAAAUAAAUGUUUAACAGAGAUGAACAAGAGGCUAGAAAUGAUUUUACCGUAUUUUAGAAGCCUGUAAAUCGAGAGAAACGGCAAGGACUUGGUCAAGGACAGCCGACAACGUGUGUUUGUGCUACAGGUAAGAUUUAAUAGGCCAUGGUAAUGUGGUAGCAGCUUUUUUCGCUCGAAAAAUCAGUCGUAAGAAAGCGCCUGUAGUAAAAUAGAUACUUUUCUGACGUUAAUGGAUAUUUUGGCUUACUUUUUAGUACUUUUUUGAGACUCUAAAGGUCGAUCAAAGUGGACGAUGACAUUCAUUCAACCCCAGCAAUUUUCUAUGUUUCUGCAAUCACUUUUGACAUCAAACUACUUUUUUUCAAAGAUAUACUUUUUCCGCAUUAGACCAUAUAUCACUUUUUCGAUUUACAAAAUAAAGCAUAUUUAAGCAUCUAAUGUCACCUCCAUUUCCAGUUCAACAAGGAUGUUGUCCACCGGGCGGCCAGUCCCAGCAGCCUCCACAAUUCUCGCCGCCUCAAGGCUUAGGCGCCGACUGCGGCUGCCAACAUCCCUUCCAACAGCCGCCUCCCCAAAUGCAACAACAAUUCCAAACGCCUCCACAGCCCUGUCCCUGCCAAGGACAGCAGUUCCAGCCGCCUCAACAAGCGCCUUGUCCUUGCCAAGGCGGACAAGCCUUCCCUCCGCAACAAGACUGCAAUCCCUGCGAGGGUCAGCAGUUCCAUGGUGCGCAACAGCAGCCGCCAUAUCCUAGUCAAGGUCAGCAAGCGCCGCCGCAGUUCCAGCAAGGCCCACCAAUACAAGCGCCUCCCUGUCCUUGCCAGCAACAGCAGCAAGCGCCUCCUUGUCCUUGUCAAGGCCAGCAGGCACCGCCACAGUUCCAGCAGGGACAACAGGGCCCUCCUCAAUUCCAACAGGGUCCCCCAUGCCCUUGUCAAGGCCAGCAGCAUGAGAUGCAGGCUCCUCCUUGCCCAUGCCAAGGCCAACAACAGGCCCCUCCAUGCCCAUGCCAAGGCCAGCAUGCUUCCUCUCAAUUCCAACCGCCCCAACAAGGCCCUCCGUGCUUGCCCUGUCCUCCACAGCAACAGCAAGCUCCCCCAUGCCCUUGUCCACCACAGCAAAUGCAGCAGCAGCCUCUGCAACAGCCCUGCGUCUCUCCCUGCCCUCAUCAAGGCCAACAGGGUCCUUUGGGGCAGCAGGGUCCACCACAAGGCGGAUUCUUUGAUCAACAGCCUCAACAAGGGGCUCCUUGUCCAUGUCAACAACAGCAACAGCCAAUGCAAGCGCCACCUUGUCCAUGCCCGCCUCAACAACAGGCUCCGCCAAUGCAGCAGCCUUGUGCGUCGCCUUGCCCGCCUCAGCAGCAGUUCCAACCGCAAAUGCAAGCGCCCCCAUGUCCGUGUCAGCAACAACAAGCGCCCCCAUGUCCAUGCCAACAACAGCAAGCUGACUGUGGCUGCCAACAGCAGCAGCAGUACCCUCCAAUGCCUCAGCCGCAACCAAUCAACCCGCAAUCCGAUUGUUGUUGCUGUGGAAGCACUCAACAGACCUUCCAAGACCCCGGCUACGCGCAAGGACUUGAGCCGCUCAGUUGCACUUGUGUUCAAGGUGAGUUUAGUGAGCUAACACGCAUCAUAAACGUCCUCAGUUCUUCUAAAACUAGUCUUUUUCUUUAGUGACUAUUAAACAGACCAAUCCGGAACAGGGCCCCUCGAAUUAUCAGCAGCAGCGUAAGAAAACCGCCUCUAAUCACAUAUAACUAAACUUUCAGAGCCUUGCCAAUGCGCUCCACCACAGCAACAGGACCCGUGCUGCCAACAACAGCAGUUCCAGCCUCAGCAGCAAGGUGAGGAAGGAUUUAUAGAGCUUGGAAGAUGUCUUAGACAUCAAAAAGUCCAAUAAAAAAGCUUUUAGUCAUAAAAAAUCUUAACAUGAAGAUGUAGUCGUUGUAAUACCUUCCAAAUUUUCAGCACAUGAUCCUUGCCCAUGCCCUUCUCAAAUGCAGACACCCCCUUGUCCUUGUCCCCCGCAAAUGGCCCAACAAGCCCCUCCUUGUCCAUGCCAACAACAGCAUCAACAACAGCAGGAUCCGUGCUGUCGUCAGCCCUUCCAACAAGUCCCAAAUACUGCCUAUAAUGGGAUGCCAGAGCCCCAGCCAAUAGGCGGUUUCGACCAGCAGCCAUUCCAGUUCCAAGACCAGCCCGGACAAGGGCAAAAUGCCGGAGGACUUGGAGCGCAAGGAGGUCAGCCGCAGUUCCAGCAAGGCCAGGGAGGUCAACCGCAAUUUCAACAAGGCCAGGCAGGUCAACAACAGUAUCAACAAGGUCAAGGAGGCCAGCAAGCUUUCCCACAAGCCCAGCAGGCUCAGCAGCCGCCUCAGCAGCAAUUCUCCCCUCAGGGCCAGAACUCCUAUCGGCCAGGGAACGCGGUCCCCGGACUUCUUCAAGAAUUCCAAGGCCCCCUCCAACGCGAGCCAUCUCCAUUCCAAAACCGCGCCGCCAUGACGCAGACUGUCGCGCAAUGCGUUUGCCAACCGCAAAGGCCUUGUGUGUGCUGAGGAUUCCGAUGAGAAAUUUGAAGUGGUAUUACUACAGAAACACAUAUUGUAAUUAUUGGAUGUCUGUAAUAAAUAUGAAGUUAAAAAAGCUUGGUUUUCUUUUCGAACUGGUGUAUGAUAUACAGAAGGCUUUAACUCGCAAUUUUAGCAUCCGACAUUCGAUGCUGCAUUUGUGGCGCUUGCAUUGGCUGUUGUUGUUGUUGGCCUGGACAAGGAGCCCCUUGUUGAGGCUGUUGAUCAAAGAAUCCGCCUUGUGGAGAGCCCUGUGGGCCUAGAAGACCCUUUUGGCCUUGAGGAGGGCUAG